UUUAAGAUAUAAUGGCAGCGUGCUCUUAAUAGCAGGGAGGGGAUGAUUUAUCCGAGUGGCAAAGGGGCUGGGAGACAAGUCCUGCUGCAGUCCAAAAAAGUGUACAGCUGUCAGAUACACCCGGAGAAGAGGAAGGGCGUGCGAGAGCAAUCUGCCUCCGCGCCUGGUUGUGAGCUUCAGGGGUUUGUGACAUCGUGGUUCUUGGGAACGCUGGAAUCUGAGUGCAGCUACUGAAAAGUCACACACAGCUGGCAGUGAAUGCUCCUCUCCUUUCAAGGCUGAGUGGACCAUUAAUGACUGAAUGGGCUCUGCUGAGAAGGCUUGUCCUCACACCAUGACAGCUGACGAGUCAGAAGCUGGAGAGUUAGCUCUCGAGCCCCUGCUCACUUGCAAGCUAUGUCUCUGUGACUACUCCCUGGAUAAGAUGACAACUCUUCAGGACUGCAACUGCAUGUUUUGUACAUCGUGCCUAAAAGAGUACGUGCAGCUGGCAAUUCAAGAAGGUUGUGGCUCUCCUAUCACAUGCCCGGACAUGGUAUGCUGGAACCAUGGGACCCUACGAGAAGCAGAGAUUGCCUGUUUGGUGCCUGUUGACCAGUUUGAGUUCUACAAGAGGCUGAAGUUUGAACGAGAAGUCCACCUGGACCCCCAGAGAACAUGGUGCCCAGCAGUUGACUGCCAAACGGUGUGCCGUAUUGCUCCGAGCGAGUCCGGAGGCCCGGUGCCGGUGGAGUGCCCGGCUUGCCGCCUGACGUUCUGCUCCGCUUGCAAGGAGGCAUGGCACCCACAGCGCCUCUGCCAGGAGAAUCAAGCUACUCCAGUACCAACUGAGCAGGGAUCACUUAUUGGAACGGAGACAGAGAUACCAAUUAAGCAGUGCCCAGUUUGUCGGAUCUAUAUUGAGCGAAACGAAGGCUGUGCUCAGAUGAUGUGCAAGAACUGCAAGCACACGUUUUGCUGGUACUGUCUACAGAACUUGGAUAACGAUAUCUUCUUACGACAUUACGACAGAGGCCCUUGCAGAAACAAGCUGGGCCACUCGCGGGCUUCGGUCAUGUGGAACAGAACACAGGUUGUGGGGAUCCUCAUUGGACUAGGUAUCAUAGCCUUGGUGACCUCUCCCUUGCUGCUCGUGGCAUCUCCAUGCAUCAUCUGCUGCAUUUGCAAAUCUUGCCGAAGCAAAAAGAAAAAACACAGCCCACCAACAACCUAAAACUCUGUGUCCAAUUGAGCCUCCGCCUCUACAGCAUAUGUGUGUUGAGAAAGCACAAUGGUUGUGUUUCGGUGCCAUACCUACCAAAUAAUACUCCCUUUUGUUGCCAAUUCUUGGGAUAAGUGCCUAUUCUUUACAGGCUACUCUAUCACUAACAAGUCCCAGUGUGGGAAAAGUCGAUUAUUGUGCAGUACAUAUGGUGUAGGGUUUUGCUUUCUAAUAAGAAAAUGGGACACCAUCCAGUAGUUCAUACCCUUAAAUAUGAGCCACCUUUUGAGACUGCUAGAACUUUACCAUCUUCCAUCAGCUGCACAUGACUCGAUCCUGCAGUAUUACUCUGCCUUUGCAGACCUGGUUGUUACUGUCACGCUUUCUGUUGGUUCUUGGUGACGCUGGGAUUUCUCAGAAAGUUUUGGGUAUUUUGUAAAAGAGGGAGAGGUAACAGCCUGAUUAAGCUCUUCUGUUUGCUAGCUUGUGUCCCGUUAAAGGUAACAAACUGUUAAGAAAAUAUAUUUGACAGUUUCCUGCCAAUUGGCUGCCAUGGCAUUUCUUUCAGCAUUGAAAUCAAUUUGAUUUAUACUAUUGAUCUCAAUUACAGAAGUGAAAAACAACAAAACUAUUUCUAGCUAAGAUAGAGCUCUCUUUUGAGAGAGUGGACUAGCUUGAGAAAGCUGUUAUUUUUUCAGAUCAAACAUGAAAUAUCUACCUUGAAAUAUUAGGUGUAUGCAUAAUUUCCCUGCCAUUGGGCAUGCCUGUUGUCAGUAAGAUGGGUGUAGCAAACUCACCAUGAAGCUAAUGUUUGAAGAAAGGCCAUGAUAGGGUUACUGUUUAGUGUGCAGCGUUGGGAUCUUGGUUGUGCAUCUACAGUGGCCGCAUGGGCAUGGUUAUACCCAGUACAUAUGCACAAUUUAUUUUCUAGGCAGUCAGUAUAUUUUUUUCAACAGUUUACAUGGGGUGGCAGUAAGAACCCUGUUAAAAAGUUACUGGGACCAGGCUAAGCCAAACCCUCCUUUGAAACCGUAGGGACCUGCUGAGGUGAAUACUUGAGAAAUGCUGUGUAAAUGUGAGCUCUGUCCAUCGGUGGGUAUUUCUUCUGUCCCGCUCAGGGUUAACAAAGUCUGUUACAGAUAAUUUUUAGUUCCCCUAAAUCUGAAAGGCUGUCAUUUAAUGAACCCUUUGUUUUAAUUCGGUGCCUCACCGCCAAACCGAUUCAGACCCUGGUGUGGGUUACACCUGUCUAAGUUCGCUGGAGCCUCACUGAGGAGCUGGAGUUACUCCAGGUUCACUCAGGAGUGGCUGAGAUCAGACUCUGCUCCCUGGAGUUCAUUUCCUUGGUGGCUGGUGCUCCUCACCCCCCUGGCCAGUGGUGGCUUUUUCCUGGGGCUCCUGUUCUGUGCGUUUUAGAUCUGUGGGAGCCGCCGUUGCGCUGUGUGAUCAGUUGUAAUUCCAAACCCCUUUCCAUAAGGGCUGCGAGGUUUCAACGAGAUGCUCGAGCCCUGGCGCCGUGUCGGGGUCACCCUCUGUCGGCCUGCCCUCCUCCCUGCACACAGCACGAGGCACCCCAAAAGUGCUGCCAAGAGCCUCUGUGCUGUUGCCUUUGGCCGAGCCUCAGGAACUUUGCCUCCUUGGCAGCCGUAAAUGUGACCUUUUUCUUUUUUUUUUGUUGUUGUUGUUGAACUUCGCUCUCUGGUUACUGUAACAGAAGUGGUAGGUGUUCUUCUUUUAAGAGAGUGUAGUCUGUUGAGCAGACUAGCAGGGACAAAGGCCUUAAAUAAUAUUGUCUGUUUUGCUUUUUAAUUGAUUUCUUUUAUAAAUACUGUCUGACUUUGCUCCCAGUCGUGACUGGAGGGCAGGCAGCGCUCGCCAGUGUGAAAGGCUAUAUUUAUUCUCCAUCCACGGCUUGGAAGGGAAGCAGAAAGGUAGUCAGUACAUUCUAAAUACAGAGUGCAAUGCAGGCAACUGCCACUUAUAAUAAAUAGAGAAUGUUUUCUGUAUGUGUUUCCUUUAAGAGCAGUAAUGGUAGUGCUGGAGGGUACUUGUGACAGAUUAAAGUGUCCAGCCCUUGGCUUUGCACUAUUUUUCUACCUAUGUUUUUAUGGCACUACUGUCAUUUCCAUUUUAUUUAUGAACUUGAAGUUGAGAGUCUUACUUUAACGAAGCCUCAAGGACAAAGAUAAAGGAGCUGUACAGUCUUUUUAACCAUAACCAGCGUUGCAAUGCACCAAUAAUCUUUGCAUGUUAAAAUAAAUGGGUUUUUCAUGUUUUGUGGUCUUACCUAUGUCCAAUGCACUCUCUGCUAGUCUGGUUUCUUUCCUUGUCCUCUCCUCCUUCCCCUUGGCUGUUUUUGCUAAAAUUCCUAAUGGAUCAAGGUGUCUCAUGUUUUUGUUUGUUGUUUUUGUUGUUGUUGUUGUUGUUUUCAUUAAUACUGCUGUAUUAAUGAAACUGCCAAGUUCUUCCCUCUAUUAAAGAAACGCAACUGAAGGCAGUUGUCUUGCCCAGAAUACACAAGGUCACCAUUUGAAUUGAAAUACGAAUUUGACCUUUUUCGGUUCUUUAAAUGUUGUUUAAGGUUAAUGCAGAUCUCUCCAUAGAGUGGGAAUUUGUUUAAAUGGUUUGUAGGAUAAUAUUUUAUAAAAGCAUUGCACACGUGAGUAGCUGCAAAGUCUGGGAAAACAACACUAUUCGGUUUAUUUUUAACUCCUCGGUUUAAGUGCAGGGUAACUCCUUUCAGAGGGUAGUUCCUGCAGAGCAGAUGGGAGGUGUACCUUCCCCAUGUGCACAUUUUAUUGCCGGGGCCAGUUCAGGUGUCUGGUGAGGGUACCAAACCUGGUAGAAAUUCAAUAUGUUACUUUAUUCCCUCCGAACCAGGGGAAUUCAGCCCUUCUGAAAAGUGGGCUCUGGAUGUUUAAAGCUCAGAUCCUAAAAUUAGAGACCAGUGCCAGAAAUCUGGAUUUUUACUGCAACUGGUCACAAAUCUCCACGGCCACAUAUCUCAUUGUAAUUUCCCAGCAGUCACUGGAGCUGAGUCAAACACAGUUGAGCAUCCCACUCAGCACCUCGUGUCCUUGUGUUAAAAUGAGGAUGAUGAUGCCUGCUCCCAAAACCACCUCUUAAGAAAAAGAAAAUAUUUGUCAUGGUAUCCUGCAAGUCCUUCCCUGCAGUAUUUAUCCUAGAACUAUGGGAGGUGGUCAAUGCUGCCGUUCAGUAAUUAGUGAUUUAUUAAUCAUGCAUGGGGUUACUUACCACAAAGAAGGGCAUGAGGGAUAACAGUGAUUAAUGUUUCCACAGUGCUUUAAUGAUGCUAAAUGCUACGUACUGUUGUCUGUCCAGUAACAUAGCAUAAAGCCCAAAGAUAGGUUUAAAAUGUACAUAAUUUUUACUUGAAUGAACUAAGAGAAACUGGAUAUUACCUUCAUAUUUGCUUGAAGGUAUACAAGCGGACAGAAAUCAACUGCAUUUCCAGGAUGGGACAAUGAAAUCAACUCCUGGCUGCUCUGUUCUCUGGCACCACGGCAGGUGGUUGUGCUGUAGUGCCUGCCGCUUUAAAAAUUUGAAAUCUGUUUUGCACUGUAAUCUCCUUCUCCUGGUCACUUUAAUUUUUCUCAAACUAAUUCCUAUCACGAUCGUAUUUUUCAUCCUCUACCUCAAGCCAAAGGUUCUUAGAGCGAAAUUAGUAGAUUUCUUUGUAUGAGGAUAAAAAUCUUCCAACAAUUUUCUCCCAGUUUUUAAUAAGAAAUUUGAUACUGAGAUAAAUGACCAAAGACAGAAAUUCCAGACUUGGUUUGUUUAGAAAAAAUUAUUCAGACUUAAGAAGUUGUCUUGGAAAACCUAAAUAAGGACUGCUUUGUUAGAACUCAUAGGUAAAGGAGCUCUACAGCUUUUGAGCUUCACAGGAGAGAUGCUUCUAUUGUUGAACGGUCCUUUUUGGAAAUGUGGUGGGGAAAAAAUAUCUACAUCCUAUAUACAGAUUUUUAUUAGAUAAGUAAAAAGACACUUUCUUUUGUAUGGCUUCAUAUUUUAGGGAAUCAACCCCCCCGGAGGCUUUCUAAGGUAUACUUCUACAGGAGGAUAAUUUUAAAAAUACACUAAAAGAGUUGAACAGAGUGUGCUAGUUAUACGACAGUUGUAAGACAUCUCUGAUACGUGAAUGUGUAGGAUCAGACCCUAAUUUAUGUGGCUGGCAAUAAAGAUGUGAAAAUUACCUCUCCUGGAAUAGCGAGAGUUGGUUCUUCUGCGGUCUGCUGGAAGGUGAACUUACUGCUAAGGUUCUGGAAAACUUCAGCCUAAUUUUUGUUUGUCUUCUAGUUAGUCAAGUAAUGAAGUGAGAGCUGAAGGGUUUUGCUGAACAGGAAGCCCAAAGGUCUGUUUUGUGUCACUACAUUCAAGUUACUCAGAACCAAUGUGUUUUUAUAAUUUAUACUUAUAAUUUAUACAAGUCGUAUAUAAUUUAUAAUUAGUAAUUAUAAAAUAUUAAUUUUGGAGUAUCAUAGCCUUUUAUCAUAUGAUAGAUUUAUUUUAGGUGUAUUCAUACUGGAAGCCUUGUCUCUUCUGCUUCCUGUCAUGGUGUCCUUCUGGGCAUGGUCUUCCUGGCAAGCUAAAUUCCUAUGAUUUGGUGCAGUCCACAGUAAACUGUCACUGCUAUUUUUUAGUUAUAUCAGAGGUUUUGUUAUGAUCCCUGAAGUUAGUUCUUUGAAUCAAGCAAAUUUCUGUUAUUAGGAAAUGAAUUUUAUUUACUGUCAUAACUUGGGCUAUAGAAGAUGAUACUAGUCAGCAAGGUCCACCAGCUUUUUAGAGGACACAACCUCGUUCUUUCUCCUUCUGCCUAAGAGGUAUUAUCUUUUCUUGGCUGAAAAUUAAGGACUUCAGUCAUUUGCUUGUGCCUUCUGGAUGUCCAAACAGAAGCAGCAGCUUCUGGUGGCCACGUGCCAGGAGAUCCCAGACAGGUUGAAUGUGUGAUGCUGCAGCACGUGUGCAGUCAGUUGCUUAAAUUUCAGGGAGGCACCUGAGUUUAUGGCUUGCUGGGUCCCAUGCAGUAGAUGUGGUGCACAAAGGGACUCAUCCAGGUGGCUUCAUGAGUGCCACCAGCCGUAUGGCACGUGUAGUGCUUGGCGGGUGCUGCACCGCAGCCAUGAUGCCGGGCCGUCCCACCGUGCAUGACCGUAUCCCAGAGUUUCAUCAGGGGCCCUCUCUCAAGCUGGCCCUUUUCCUAGCUACCUGCUCACCCCCAAACCUCCCCAGAUUCCACAGCAAAUCUCUGUUCCUUUCAUUUUUUGCUGCUGGCCUGUUUCCGUGUCAAAGAAACCUCAGUUCAGAUGAGAUAUUUAGGGCUCGGCCGGUCUAAGCGUUCGCUUUGCCUAACGAGCAGGCCUUGUGAACAAAGACAAGCAGGAGUGCUACAUGCCACGCGGAUGUUGGUGUCAGAGGCACCAGGUCGUAAGGACUCUUUUAACUGCCCCAGCAUUGCUUAUUCCUGAAAAAAUGGCGAGUGGCAUGGCAAGGGUUUGUCCCGGGAGGAGGAAUCCCCCUGCUCUCCACAGGCCCAGCCCUUCUCGUCUUGGGGGCUCAUCUCCUGCGCUGCUCCUCACAGGGGUAAAUUCCUCCUCCACCUCUAGAUCUUCUUUCCCUGGUACCCGUUUAGGCUCACGUUUUGUUUAUCUGGGUUUUGUUUUUUAUUUUUGGGGUUUUUUUUUCUUUUUCUCCAGGUAAUACACUUUCUUCACCACUUUUCUCCCGGUGAAGGGCAAAAGGGUUUGAUCUUUGUAAGAUUUGUUAAAAUAUUUUUGUGUUUAUAAGAGGAAAGCUGACAUAUAUAAAGAAAUAAGUGCUUUUGUAAUUUUUUUUGUUGUAUGAUUCAGCAGUUAAACAUUUUACAGAUGCAAUUUUUUGCACUCUCUCUGCAUAUAUUCAUGAAAAAAUGUAUUUAUUUUCUGUCUUUAAGGUUUACUUUGGGUUUUAUUUUCUUCUAAUGUUAUAAAAUGCAGUAUGUGCAACAUUA